UUACUGUAAUAAAACGAUGACCUAAACCUGGUCCCCUUUCAAGCUCUGGAACACCGUAAAAUUCCAGUCUUACCCUCCAGUCUUCCCGAGUCAAGAGAACAAAACGAAUAAGAGAAUAUAGAGUAGAGGCAGAGAGAGAGAGAGAGAGAGGAGAGGAGAGAUGGGUUUGCUCACAAACAAAGUAGAGAGAAAUGAAAUCAAGGCGGGCGAUCAUAUCUACACUUACAGAGCUGUUUUCACCUACUCUCACCAUGGUAUCUAUGUCGGGGGAAGCAAAGUGGUUCAUUUUAGACCUGAAUGGAACUUAAAUUCAAACCAGGAGACAUCUGAUUCACAUGAUCCAAUGUCGAUCGCUCCACCAUCCUGCCCAACUUUUCCUGAUUGUGGAUUCAGGCAACCUAACAGUGGAGUAGUCCUGUCUUGCCUUGACUGUUUUCUUGGAAAUGGAUCACUUUAUUGCUUUGAAUAUGGAGUUGCCCCGUCAAUUUUUCUUUCCAAAGUACGUGGUGGCACUUGCACAACUGCAAAAGCUGACCCACCCGAAUCUAUUAUCCAUCGAGCUAUGUAUCUUCUUCAAAAUGGUUUUGGUAAUUACGAUGUGUUUCAAAACAACUGUGAGGACUUUGCGCUGUACUGCAAAACAGGUCUUCUGAUUGUAGACAAGCUGGGGGUUGGAAGAAGUGGUCAAGCUUCUUCUGUGAUUGGUGCCCCAGUGGCUGCCAUUCUUUCUUCUCCACUGAAGUUGCUGAUGCCAAGUCCUGUCGGUGUGGCAGCAGUUACUGCUGGCAUGUACUGUAUGAGUAGGUAUGCAACUGAUAUUGGUGUUCGCUCUGAUGUGAUCAAGGUAGCAGUGGAGGACUUGGCUGUGAAUCUGGGCUGGCUUCACCAUCAUGAGGAAACAGAUGAAAACAAUGAAGCUUCUAACAGACAGAUAUCCCAGGUGAUAUGAGUUCCAUCAUUGUGCAUGUAGAACGGCGUACAUAUACUAUUUGUUACCAGCGUAAUAAGCAUUUUAUGUCAUUGAUAAGUGAAAUUAUGAUGUUGGGUGUUUGUUAGGUGCUAAAGGGCCAACAGCUCUUAUCAAAUAGGAAAGAUCAGUGUACUCCUCCUAUCUCUCCCUUUCUCUUUUCUUAACGUUAUUCUACAACUGCAUUUGGUUGUUUAAGUUCUGUAUCAAGUGUUCAAAAACUUAGUGUGAUUGUGGUUUAAAU